ACUGAGUAACACUAACGACAAUGAACACUUUUCCAUCUAAAAAUAUUGAAAAGAAAUUUAGGUUUAUUGAAACCAAGAAGUGCAUAGUUUCCUACUGAAGUUUCAGGAAGCUCACUUUUUUUUUACCCCCAUUUUUAAUAUCACUAAAACUACAGCGGUGCAUUCCAUUUUGUAACAGUUUUUCUUCUGUCGACAAAGACUUGUCCUUCGAAGGUCUGAUGUCUUCGAACACGCUUCCGUUGGCGGCAUAGACGUAACAUCGUCGGGUCACAUUUCUUCUAUACGAUUACAUUUUAUUUCCUCGUUUCAUUGGAAAGCGUUAAAACUAAGGUCAACUGGCCUAAACCCUAACUUUUUUACCUUAAUACCAAAUACCGUCAUUUGUGCUUAACUAUAAUUAGAUUUGCUAAUGACAAAUAUAAACAAAAUAGGCGCAUUACUAUAUUUACCAUGGCGAGACUCCCGAUCUACGCCUGAUAGCCAGCCAGACAAUGUAUUCGCAAAAUCUACCUAGCGACCUGCUUCGUUUUAUAGUGGCCUGUUCCGGAUUAGCUACUUUAGGCAGUGGGCUACUAGCUUUUGUUAUGGCUAGCGCAGCUACUCUUGAUAGUGCGCGCUGACGUACUUACUGAUGGCAUUAACGAGAGACGAAAUAGGUUCAGAAGUGAUGCCAGUUUCCGUUGGUAUCGUUGCACAUAGUAUCCUUUGACAUAGACGGACGAAAGCACAAACACAUCUCGCUUAGGUAGACAUGGCGGUGAUUAGCACUCGUAGAGCAUGUAUGUAAAGCAUCACCCCGCUUUAGCACUCCACAGCACGCACUGCUCGAGAAUCUUUCUUCCGCACAGAUGAUCUGACCGGCGGCAAUGUAUUUCGUUUGUCUGAGCUAGGCAGUAGAGAUUGUAGCGUAGAGUUGAAAAUAGCGUAUAGCCACAUCGACUCACUGAUUCUCACCGACGAAAAGAGCUAUCGCACAUGAAAACGGCAUAGAUGAUGGUCUCUUAACGGCAGUUAAUAGUCGUAAUUGUAGUUUGCUUGCCUAGAACAACCUAUUUGUCAGUUCGGCAACGGCUGACGUCAUCUUAAUAACUGUUUUUGUUUUUACUCUACCUAGCCUAGAGGAAAACAUCACCACACGAAAAAGGCCAACGAAUGUUGUCGCUCGCCGUGCAACUGUCCACAGCUUCACACCACUAAUGCAAAUGCAAAGACACUAUCGGAUGAGAAGUGAACGGCCGACGAAGGUGUGGCGCUUGAUGAAGUGUCACUGUGGUCCGCUAUUAUUUUCUGUAUGACGUGCGCUAACGACAACCUCACAAACUACUCGGCUAGCCAUUUGCUUCUCGUACAACUUUUUUUCAAAGGUUUCUCAAAAGAUCCGAGAAUCGUCAGAUGGUGUAGCACGGAUGGAGUGAUGGAGACAGCAGCAGCAGCAGCAGCAGCAACAACAGUAUCCGUUGUGGUCGUUUCUUUUCCGGGUUAUAACAAUAUUAUUUCGUUAGUAGUACAUAUUACUAGUUACAGUAUGAACAGCGUUGUUGUUGGAUCGGUGGUAACAGCAGUGCCAGUGACCGUUAUACUGAGAAAAAAUUCUAUUUAUUAUUAGUAGCGAACAAUCGCCCGUCAAUAACUGCUGACCGCUUUCGAACCGAAAAACAAGAAAGAAGUGAUUUUGCCUUGUUCUUUUCAGCUGAUCCUUUAGGCUUUCGUCUCAUAUCAUGGCCACCACUCACUCACUCACUCACAGACAGACAGAGGCUAUCCGUUCAUUCAUUAGCGCCCGGCCUUUCUGUACGUUGUCGGUCGUAUUCCGCCGUGCGCUCUACCUUGCGUGAAUCUUGUAGUGCGGUUCCGCUGAAAAACCCAACUGUUUUAUCUCUCCUCGUUCGCCGAUGAACUUGUUCCACACACCCACUAGACGCAUUCUAUAAUACAAUACAAUACACUUAGAAUCAUGUUAACAACAAUCAACAGUGGUGGGAUGAUGAUAAUAAUAGCUCAAACAUUGGGGUACUGCCCCUUCUAGCUCUGUGGCACGACUAGGAGAUCGCUACCAGCAACACCAGCGCCUCCACUAACCACCAGCAAAAACGACGACAAAUACAGACAGGCUAAGAGUGACCAUCACGGGGCGGCCCAGUUAUGGAUGAAUGAGCACAGGCAACAAAACACGAACCGACUGUCUCUGCAUAUGUCUUUUCCUACGGUAGUGUACAACGAGCGAUCGCUCUAGUAGCUGUGGUGCUGGCCACCGUCGUUACCGUCGCCGCCGCCGCCGCCGCCGUCGCCGUCGCCGCCGCUGCCGCUGCCGCCGCCGCCGCCGCCGCCGCCGUCAUCAUCGCAGCCAUCGUCGUAGAUGUCUCAGUUGUUUCUAGUUGUACAAAUAGUAGCUUCAGUAGUUGCGGUAGAAACGAUAGUAUCGUGUUCGUAGUUGUAGUCGCAGCAGAAAUUGCAGGCGACAGGGUCCGUUGAGUGGAGGCAACAACUGGAUGAUAUGUCCAGUUGCCGCAGUUGCACCGACCCGUGUGAGGCAAGCAGCAGCACUCAGCCCCUUCCUUCUCUACUCCAGAAAGGCUCUCCGCUCCUCGACGACGAUCGCGGACGACUGCGACUUCGUCUUCCUCAUCGUCGUCGUAGUAGUUGGGAAAGAACGGCAGGAGCGGCACACGCUGACAAGCACAGCAGGGUCGCUAGGCCGAGCAGCGAACAUCGCAGUUAGCCGGCAGCCCGGCAAGACACAGACGACAUCGAAUAAGAAACGACGGGGAGAGAUGUAGAAGGAGGGACGGACCGAUCGACUAUAGCAGAGGCCUGUACUAAUGCAGCUACUGCCGUGGUGCUCCUUUCCCUAAGCCUGCAACAGCAGUAAUGGCAGCGGCGACGGAGCUGCCGGCUGCAGUAGCGGCCCCCGCGCCGUUUAUUUCCUCGUGUGCUCGUUCUAGUGCGGUCUACUAGUAGAAGUAGUAGCAUAGCUGCUUGUUUCAGCCGCUAUAACCGAUGCUGAGAGCUGAGCAAGACCCAGCAGUAGUGACCGCCUCCUCUCUUCGAGUGCUCCCCCCAGCCGACAUAGCGAUGUACACAGCUUUCUAUCGGUUUCGGCCUGCUGCGGUAAUGCUGGUGCUCCGAGAGCAUAAGGUACGAACAAACGGCUGCAGAGGCAUACGCGCACGGCUGACCCGAGCUUUUCUACCUUUCCUUCUGGGCAUGCGCGUCAAACAAGAUCAUCAUAAUCAUUUCAUUUUACCUCUCUUCAUGUCGAUAUCCACACUUAUAGGCACACGGAUAGAGAGCUAGACAUAGAGAUAGGUACACGCGAUAUUGGGGAACCUUCAAGCAAGCUAACUCGACGGGAAGUACAUCUACCCCUCAGCCACUGCCGCCGUGCACUUUCUCUCGCUUGCUUCACCACCAAACACUGCCAUCGGUACACACAGUUGUCAUGGAGCGCUGCUGAACCUCCACAUUUUGACGCGCGGCCGCCAAUCGACAGAACGAGGUCCGGUCGAACACAGCGACAGCGGUACGAACAUCGAAACGCUAAAAUCGCGCGGUCGAAUCGAGAUGGAUCCAUCAUUUUCGAAAACCACGAAACUAAGAUUAUCCGGCUUUUUUCUACUAAACGUAUUGAGGAAUCGUGCAAAGCACGCAUUCAUGCCAUUUUUAUCUAUCGGACGAAGCAGUACGAAACGUGCUGAAUCACAAUUUAUUUAAUUGAAGAAAGCUUACACUUCCUGUCUAAGAUGGUCAGGUUCAGAACUGACACAGGAUCAACAUCAGCAUCGAUGGCGGGCGAGGAGGUGCUGUUUUGAAUGUGUCGAACAGCUGAUUCAUUAAGGCCACAGUUUUUAUGUGUAUGCCUGUCGUAGGCAGAGCUGUAAGAGGAAGGGACAACAUACAGAUUUUGGGGUGUGUUCACUUUUUCGUAUGGGUGGCAGAAUCGAAUACUAAAUUUCUAAUACUAUAAUGUUCCGUCCAACUGAUUUGCUAUACAUAUUUAUCGCACCUGAUACUCUUCGAAACAACGACGUGUCUCUAAAUGAAACGUAUUAUAUUGAUGGAAUCAGCUGGCUGCAAUCAUGAUGGUGACGACGGUUACAGUUUUAAACGAUAAGUACUUAUGUGAAAGUGACAAGCAAAAAAAGUCAGUUUUGUUGAAUUCUGUGAUGGGGCGGUAUAUAAACCUCGCACCGGUUAGGUCUUUCUGAAUAAGCACGAUGUCAACCCAGACAGAGGGUUAUUGCCUUUCUUUGGAAGAAGAUCUUUAUAAACUUGAGUUCAAGUACUACAAAGCCCGGCAAAGCCCUCCCGAUUUAUCACAAGUACUCGACGUCGGAAAAGACGCGGCAAACUUCACAUGGAGACAAAUUGAAAUCGGCGACAACGAUUCGGGGAUAAACUCUACUGUAAAGGUGUGCGAAGUGGUUAGUGUGCCGGGUCUUCUUCUGGUUCCUGAAGCAUUUACACCAGAAGGUCUUCAUCGAUGGACUCACCGGUCUCUUUUGGAUUUCCCUGAAAGGCCAAAUGUAACCAAUCUAGAAACUCUGCCGGCCUCCGUCACGAGACGCAUAGGGGAGAGCAGGGUAUUAAACGUAGUUCUUGACGUCGAAUUGCGCAAGAAGCUCCGCUGGACAACGCUGGGAUAUCAUCACGACUGGAACUCGAAGGUAUACGACUUAGCGAAUUAUACCACUUUCCCAUCGGAUUUGGCACGCUGUGCGGCUGUCUUUGCUGAACAGGUGGCUGGGUACGCCUAUGAAUAUCAGGCAGAGGCGGCAAUAGUCAAUUACUACCCUGUUGGUACCACCUUAUCAGGUCACGUUGACCAUUCGGAAGAAGAUCUGUCUGCCCCGUUGGUAUCCAUCUCGCUCGGCUGCACGGCCAUUUUCCUGAUUGGGGGUACAGAGCGCUCAACUCGGCCUACGCCAAUCUUCUUGCGACACGGAGAUGUAGCUCUUAUGACAGGGGCUUCCAGACUUGCAUAUCACGGCGUUCCAAGAGUGUUUAUAGAAAAGGGAUCGUUUCGAAACCGUCAUUUUGAUGAUUCUUCCCAAUGUCGUACUACAGGAAAAUGGGAAACUGAUGCGGAGCAUACAAGUGAUGAAGAUGAACAAUUAGAUCAAUCAGUAGAAUGCAAGGAAUCCAUCUGCUUUUCAUAUUUAAAAAAAAACCGAAUUAAUAUUAAUAUUCGACAAGUUCACAAACCCGACAUCUAGCGACUCAAGUAGGGAUUUGGUUUCAAACCUAGAUGGUUCUCUAACUGCGUUUGAUGUCGGGAACUACUUGUGGUUUUGCCACGUAUUUGGUUAUCAAGAACAUACACCUUUUUAAUCGUAAAGCAAACGUCUUGGUACAAACUUCAAUGUCAUGCAAACAAAGCAAACCUGCCUGUUAGACAAUUGCUAGCGCCAUACGUGGAUAUAGUUAUCAAACGAUGGAGAGUCCACCUCGGUAGCCCUAAUAUUAGAUAGGACUCUGGCAUAUCACUCUUCUUUGAUAACUCAGUAGGGUAGAACGUUGCUGAAUUCCUUAUACAGAAAUACUGGAACGAACUUUGUCACGACAGAUACGGUGUGCUUUAUGUAAAUCUAAGCACUUUUGUGUAUAAAGUGACUCGGUAGUGACCAGUCUUAGACCCUGUAUUGAGAAAUUAUUAGGUUAGGAACUUUACGAUAAGCUAAGCUACUUGAUGUCGGAUUGCUGUUUAUUUUUGCACAUACUGUCGUUCAAGUUAUGUAAUGAAGUUGCUGCCCAAUAAUGUUUGCCGUUUUAGUUAAGUGAAAUGGCCGCCAUUUAGUGAGAAGGUAAUGCCCAUGCUUGUUCGUAACAUCGGAACUAAACCUCUCAAGCAAAUAAAAAAAAAAAA